CCCAUCCCCAUGUGUCGUCUCUCCCUCUCUUAAUUGCUGCAGCUACUCUCUACCUCACGCCGCCCCCGUUUCCCUCCAUUACCACGGCAGCUCUACUUUCUCUCUCUACAGUACAGCUCGCUCGAGCUCAUCUCCUUCCUCAGUUCGUUCGUCUCCCGUGUGGGGUUCCAAUGGGCAAGAAAGGCCUCACCUCCAUCUUCUCCAAGCUCCCCGCCGGCGCCGACGAGCCUUCUCCGCCGUGGCCGUGGCCGUCGUGCCGGAAUCCACAGACGGCCUCCUUCCGCGAGGAAGAACGCCGCCGGCCCUGCAGAACCGCCGCCGCCGUCAGCAGGAGCCCCGCGGCUGCGGCGAGGCUCAUCCACGGCGGCGCCGGGGAAAUGUACAAGACGGUCAACUCCGUCUACCAGCUCGACUACAUCUCCGCCGACGGCUCCUGCUUCGAUGAGGAGGAGGAGGAGGAGGGGCAGGGCGUGCUGGAGCUGGAUGACGAUGACGGUUUCUCGACGACGACCGCGUCGGAGGAGUGGUCGGAGGCGGUGAUCCGCAGCCUCGGCCGCACGUCCACCGACCGCUUCUUCGUCGACCCUCCGGGCCCGGCGUCCAACUCCAUCUUGGCGCUGUCGCCUGGGAAGCAGUCGGCGGCACAAGCGGAUGAGGCCGAGGAGAAGCCGCAGUCGGAGCCGAUUGCGUCGACGUCGCUGGUGGAGGAGAGCGUGGCGGUGGCGGUGGACUCGGAGGACCCGUACGGGGACUUCCGGGCGUCCAUGGAGGAGAUGGUGGCCGCGCACGGGCUGCGCGGCUGGGAAGCGCUGGAGGAGCUCCUCGUGUGGUACCUCCGGAUCAACGGCAAGCACAACCACGCACUCAUCGUCGGCGCCUUCGUCGACCUCCUGGUCGGCCUCGCCGCGCCGCCGGCGUCGUCCUCUUCUGCCGCGCCAACCACCACCACCACAGCGACGACGAUGACGACCACCAGCGCCAGCGGCGGCAGCGGGAGCACCGCCAGCACCAGCACGUCCAGCAGCACAUGUGGCUGCGAAGGCGACGUCACUCCCGCCACCACAACGACAGAGGAGCAAUGCGGCGAUCGGAACGGCGACGCCUCGCGCUCGCCUGCUUCAUCAAGCCAUAGCCUGCAGGGCAAGGACGAGGAGGACCUCGCCGGCGACAAGGCAGGUGACGACGAUCUUAGCAUCACCAGAAGUGCACAUUAGCUUCUUGGUUAGUCAACCGGCAAAACGUCAUCGGUUUUCUUUUCUUUGAGAUCUCGAAAGUUCUACGGCGGCCCUGUUUGAUUAGCGGCCCGCUUGGAAGGCCGGAAUUUCACAAGAAUUUGUGCUCCCUGUUUUCACCAAAUUCUCGUGAAAUUUUCGCUUUCCGAACAAUCGCAACAAAAUUCAUGAUAAUGCUUGCUUGUUUGUUCA